GGAGUCCGCUCUCUGCCAUUGUUCUUCUGCUGGAAGUCUUGAGGACGGGACGCGGCGCUGGUUGGGUACCGGACACCGGGCACCGGACAGCGGACAGCGGACAGCGGGCUGCCGGCAUGACGGGCUCCGGCCCGCGGCUCGGGGUGCUGCUGCUGCUGGCGGUGCUGCUGCAGACGGUGGUGGUCACCAUCACCGUGCUGCACUUCACGGCGGCUCUCAACUCGAUGAAGGAGACGUUUUCCAGGAGCAGCGUUUCCUGCCUGAUGGGCGGCGGCCUGCAGAGCAUCACGGCGGCCCGCGGGGAGCCGUGCUGGCAGGUGACCCAGCAGCUCCACCUGCUCAUUGAGAAGUCUCUGUCUCAGCGCUACCAGAAGCAGAUCUCAUCGGCCGUCAGAGACGAGGUGUCCCGGGUGCUGCCCUCCCUCGUCGUGGUCGACCCGGCGACGCCUCCUCGCCCCAAAGUCGGCGCCCACGUCACCGGCAGCUCGGCGCCGCAGCUGGAGGGCGGAGCUCCGGCCCCCUCGGGGCGGCGGGUCCAGGGCCAGAAGAUCUCGUGGUGGGAGGGCCGGAGGGGGCUGGCCUUCCUGCAGGACGUCCAGCUGGAGGACGGCGAGCUGGUGGUGCCGCAGCCCGGCCUCUACUACGUCUACGCCCAGACCUACUUCAGACACGCCCCCUCCCCGGAGGAGGCGGAGCCGGAGGGGGCGGGCCGAGGGAGGCCGCUGCUGCAGUACGUCUAUAAAAAGGUGGGCUCCUACCCGGUUCCCAUCCUGCUGAUGAAGACCAGCCGGACCUCGUGCUGGUCCCGGGGCUCAGAGUUCUCCCUGUACUCCGCCCACCAGGGCGGUCUGUUCCCGCUCGGCGCCGGCGACCGGCUGUUCGUCACGGUGACCAACGCCUCGGCCGUGGACAUGGACGAGAAGAGCAGCUUCUUCGGGGCGUUCCUCAUCAGCUAGGCGGCCGGAGGCGGGACUCGAACGCGCGGCCUCCAGAACCGAAAAAUGAACCCGAAUGGGGGGGGGGGGGGGGGGAACUGCAGCAGGAAGUCACAGAGGAAGUCCGUCUUUCUUUUAUCCAGCAAACGCGAAGAGAUUUGACACUUUGAGCGAAGAAGAUGAGAUUUGUGUUUGAGUGUUAAAGAUUAAAGUUUACGUACAAACAUUUAUUAAAGGCAGAACGUUUCCAAAGGUAUUUUAUUUUUUUUACCACCGAGGACAAAUUCAGAAUUAAUUUGCUGCAGAUGUAUCCAGCUGCAUUUCUUCUCCUGACCACCAGGGGGCGACUCCUAUGGUUGUAUAGAAGUCUCUGCUUCAUGUGUUAGAGCUGCAUUUCUUCUCCUGACCACCAGGGGGAGACUCCUCUGGUUGUAUAGAAGUCUAUGCUUCAUGUGUUAAAGCUGCAUUCUCUCUCCUGGCCACCAGGGGGAGACUCCUCUGGUUGUAUAGAAGUCUAUGCUUCAUGUGUUAAAGCUGCAUUCUCUCUCCUGACCACCAGGGGGCUCCUCUGGUUGUAUAGAAGUCAAAUUGGUGGACUCAAGGCUUCUUAACGUCCUCAAAUCAACGAAUGACAUCAUGUUGUUGUUGUUGUUAUUUACUGAUUUAACGUUCCGCCUCAUGUUUGUAUCAACUGAACUUUGGAGAUCUCAUUUGUGUAAAGAUGUAAAUAUUGUGCUAUAUUUUUGUUGUUUUUCUAAUCAAUACAUUUAAGGACUUUCACAUUU